AUGAACCCGCAGAGCUUGCAGUUCCCGCUUGGCUUGCCACAAGGCCAGCAGCAGCAGAACUUCAAUGCCGGCAUCCAGCCCAAUACCCUUUCUGCUUCCGCUGUUCCCGCUGCUCCCGCUGGUCAGGUGGCUAUGCCAGCUGUCGGCGACUCGAACAACAUGGGCGCUCGAAUGCAGAACGCAGCUCAAGUGCUACAGUCAAUACGUGGCAAUAUCGCCGCGCUACAGCGACAAUGGGCCGUCAUCUCAAGUCAGCCCGACGGGCCGACCAAGACGAAUGCACAACAACAUCUGGCGUCGCAGCUGAAGCGUUUGCAGAUGAUGGAACAGUCGGCGAUCCAGUCGAUGGGUGCACACAUUCCACCAGGCGCCCAACUCAACCAGCAACAGCAGCCCGGACAGAUGGGCAUGGUGCCACAACAGCCACAACAACAACAACAGCAGCAGCAGAACCCUAUGUUGCAAGGCUUGAAUCCAGCUCAACUCGGUCAGAUGCAACCGCAACAAGGCAUGAAUGGUAUCGGUAUGGAUCCGAACAAGUUUGGCACGUCAUCCAAUGACCUGAAUCAGCUUCAACAACAACAACAACAACAACAACAACAACAGCAGCCGCCAUUCGGUCAACCCAACAUGCAGUCGCAACAGGCACAACCGACACAAGCACAAACAUCACAACCAAGCUUCAACCCAGCACAGAUGGCAGCGCCUAGUUCGGCCACUGGUGGAGGUCCGCCUGGCGCCAAACGAGACUUCGUCGGCACUGUUCGCAACUUCAUGCAACAACGCGGAACGCCUUUCCCACCGCAAUUGUCUCUCAGCUUUGUCGGCCCCGCAUCUUCCAACUUGCCAGGCGACACCAAGACGAUCGAGCUGCAGGCGCUCUUUGCUGCAGUCAUUCACUCGGGAGGAUCUCAACGUGCGGCACAGAUCCCUGGCUUCUGGGCUGUCAUCGCGAGUCGACUCGGCUUGAAAGUUGGCCCACCAGACGGAACGCAAUCGGCACCAGACGCUGUACCCAGCCCUGGUGAGGUUCCGGAUCGUCUCUCGUCCUUCUACCGUGACCGUCUUUCAGCAUUCGAGCAGUUCUGGAUGUCACGAAUGCCACAACGUCAGCCCAGCGGUCAGAGUGUUGCUGCCGGCUCGCCGGCUGCUGCUGCUCCAAGUCCAUCAGUACAGGACCCGAACAUACAGGCAACGCAGCAGAACAACCCACAGGCUCAGCAGAUGCAACAACAACAGCAGCAGCCAGGACAGCCGGGGCAGACACCGCAACAGCAACAGCAGCAGCAACAGCAACAGCAGCAACAGCAGCAACAGCAACAGCAACAGCAACAGCCACCACAGCCACUACAGCCACUACAGCCACUACAGCCACCACAGCCGCAGCAACAACAACAACAACAGCAGCAGCAGCAGCCGGGAGCACAGUCAGGGCAAGCUCCAGGUCAGAACCGACCCGUUGCACCAGGCCAGAUGACACCGCAAAACCUGCCAGCCAACUUGCAUUCGCAGAUGGUCCAAUUGCAGCAGCUCGUAGCUUCAGGUCGCAUCACUUCUCAGCAGGCAAGAGAGCGUUUCGUUGCUAUGCAGCAAGCCACACGGCAGAUGAUGGUCAAGCAGCAGCAACAACAACAACAACAACAACAACAACAACAACAACAACAACAACAACAGCAGCAGCAGCAGCAACCAGGUGCGCCGACUGAUCUGACACAACAGCAACAGCAGCAAGGUCAGUUCCAGCAACCGCAACAACAGCAGACUCCACAAGAUUUCGCCGGCAUGGCACCUGCACCAGGCUCAGCACAAGCAGGCAUGUCAGGAGCGCAACGAGGCGUGCCUGGUCAGGCAUCACCGGCACCAGGUCAAGAUCAUCCUGGCACGAUGCCCGGAGCGCAUCCAGGACUGUUCAACGACCCUGCUGCAAUGCUUACGCAACAGCAGCAAUCUCCUGCGGGUCAGCCUGGAGCGGAGGGUGUGCCCCAAUGGCCUUCGCAGCCGCCAGCGGGGAUACCUGCAUCACCAACAAAGAUGCAAGCAGGUGUCAACGGUGCAGGUCCCAAGACGCCCACCGCUAUCUCGAAACCUGAAGCCAAACCAUCAAAAAAGAAACGCAAGAAGACCGAAAGCAACGUCUCGACACCUUUGCCUUUGCAAGCAGCUACAGGUCUGGAUGUGAAGCCACCGAUGCCUCAGCUUGGCGAUCCGAUGGCUGGUCCUGGAGCUAUGGUUCAGCCUCCCGUCGGUGUUCCUCCAGCAGCUCCAGCCGCAGUCCCACCGAAACCCCAACCAGAGAAGCAGUUGGUUCCGGGUACACAACAGCCUGUUGGCCCCCCUGCACCACCGCAGAAGCACAAGAUCGUGUACCUACCUAUUCGUCGCGACGUUCACACACAUGGUGGAUGGGACUUGUCGCUCGUCGAAUCCCAGUAUACACCAGCGAUGCUUUCGCGUGGUCGACCAAGGACCUUGCGCGAGCUGGGUUUGGUGGAUGUGCAAGGGUUGAUCAUGUCCCUGCGUUCGCGACUGGAUUUCGAGGUGUCGUAUGCGCUCAACACGCUUUUGAUCCUGUCAGCCGGUGUUGGUGCAGCGCCUAAUUUCCAGUUCGGUCUGCAGUCUUGUGAGGAUCUGCUGGAGGAGUUGUUGGACUUGUUGGAGGCUUCUGCUUUCCAGACCCAUAGCGGUGAUGAGGAUCCUAGCGCGUCGCAAGGUCUGGAUCAGCUUCUGUUCGGUAACGGCGCGAAUGGCCAUUCGAGCUCUUCUCGUCGACCCUCGAACCGGUUGCGAAGGGAGAGUGGUCUCGAUGGGUUACCGACGUAUCGCGACUGGAUCGCAGCUGCAGCCGAAGAAGAAGCGGAACUCAAGAUCUGGACACGAAGGAAAGCUACCCGCUCGCGAUCUGCUGCAGGGAGCAUUCUCAAUGGUGGCGUUGGAAGCGACAUUGACUCGCUCGCUUCUUCCUCCGCUCUUUCUGUUGGCACCGACGUUGCGCUUGAUGGCACGAUUUCCACCAAUGGAGUGCUGUGCGAGCAGGAGAGGUCGACGGAGAAGAAAGCAGUUCUGGCACUGACGAUUUUAACGAUUGUCAAGAACUUCAGCGCCAUGCCGGAGAACAUUUACUUUUUCAACAACACUCCGAGACUUUUGCAGGUUCUGGCGAGGUUAUGUUCGAUCGAUGCUGAAAGGGUUCGUUCAGCAGCACAGGGUGAUGACGAGGAGGAUGAGGAUGCGGAGGAUCGAGCUGCAGCAGCAGCGGUGCAAGAGGGGUUAGGCGCGACAGUGUUCACCACCCUCGAAGCACUUCGUGUUCGCAAGGAAGUCCUAGUAAUAGUCUCAAAUCUCGCAGGAGAAACACUUUCGCUCGGCACCCAAGACCGAGAGACAGUGCUGACAAUAUUCCACCUCCUCGCAUCCUUUAUCCUGGAAGCCGCAGAAGUGGAAGAAAUGGAUCAUGCAGCCGAACUCGCCGAACUCGCUGCAACCCUCCCACCCGGUGGGCCAACCCCUCCAGUAAUCCGUCGUAUCCCAUACCAUGCAGACCUAGCCCUUGACGCGCUCUCAAAGUUGGCUUUGCCAGAUGACAACCGUGAAAUUCUCUCGCACAUCCUUCCAGGCUCCGACAUCGAAACGCUCGUAAGCGAAAUGAUUCGAAUGCUUCCCAUGACAGAAUCGGAUUUCAAAGUUCUCAAUACCGAACAUCGGUUAGGGUACAACGAGAGAUUGGCGAUGUCACUUUACAAUCUUGCCUUCCUUGCUCCACCUCCGGUCAAACUUCAACUCGGAAAGAUUCCGGGUUUGGCAGGAAUUGUGCUAAGGAUAGUAAAGAAAUUGGCGAGAGCUACGCCGGAGUUUAGUAGAAAUCCGUUCAGUGUUUUGUGUAGGAGAUUGGUGGAGGCGCUGAGAUUGAUUAGUGAUGGGGAAGAUAUGUUUGGUGCUCCUGCCCUGUUAGGGUUUGGCUUUGGGGAUGCGGGGAGUGCGGGGGUGGGGAAGAAGCAAGUUGGGUUGUUGUUGGGGGAAGAGGAGGGGGUGAGAGAGAUUCUUGCGGGGACGAACGAGUUGGAUGGUGUACUGGGGGAGGAGCUUUUUGCGCUCAUUGCUAGUGGGUGA